AUGGCUGGGCGCGCGGCGUUCCGAGUCCUGAGCGGUGGCGGUGGCGGUGGCGGGUCGCUCGGCUCCCCGGCUGCGGCCGCGGCGGGGCGGGACCGAGCGCCGAGUGACGUCAGGACCCGCCGCGCGCGCGGCCCCGCCCCUCCGGAAAGCGGGCGCUGGGCCUCUCAGGCCGCGCAGCGCGAGGAGCCUCACGAAGAUCCUCGCAGCCAGUCACGCACCCUCGGCCAUCGCCUCCGGGACAGCAAUGAGCGGCAGGGCCAGAACUCGGGCCCGGGGCAGAACACGCAGUCGGGCAUCCCCCAAACCUGCUACACCUGGACCCUCUGUGGCACCUGGAGCCGCUGCGGCAAGGAACUCCAGCUCUCGGCUGGAUUACAGGCGGUAACGCUAAAACCGCGGAGGGGUUGCGGGGGAGUUUUUCGAGACCUUGUGGUGAACACUCGGCAGUACUUGGAACAUGUUAGAGAGUCCACAGCAGGAUCGCAAGGUAGAAUGGUCAAGCUAUUUGCAAACCAUUUCCGAGUGGUCUCUCAACCCCAGUGGAUUGCAUAUAAGUACAAUGUAGACUACACGCCAGACAUAGAGAAUGGAAAUGUCCGUGAAAGUUUGCUUUCUCAACAUGAAGCAUUACUUGGAAAGUGUCGUAUAUUUGACGGAAACUCUCUAUUAUUACCUCACAGACUACCUAAACCAAAAACGGAAUUGGUCAGCAAGCUCAAAGAUGACGCGCUUGUGAAGGUCACCAUCGAGUUCUCCAGCGAGCUCACGCCCAGCUCGCCAGAUCGCCUCCGUUAUUAUAACGUCCUGUUUAGAAAAAUUUUGAAGAUCAUGAAGUUGAGACAAGUUGGUCGCAACUAUUAUGAUGACGUGAAGGGUGAAGAGAUCUUGCAACAUAAACUGGAAGUCUGGCCUGGUUAUAUUACUUCUAUUCUUCAGUAUGAAAACGAUGUGACUCUCUGUGCUGAUGUGAACCAUAAACUGCUCCGAAUGGAAACUGCUUAUGAUGUAAUAAUGCGUAUUCGUGAGGAUGCCAAAAACAAAAAUCUUGAUGUCGAAAAACAAGUUGCUAAAGAAUUAGUUGGAUCGAUUGUUUUUACAAAGUUCAACAACAAAACCUACAGGGUGGAUGCUAUUAAUUGGAAGGAAACUCCCAAAACUGAAUUUAAAAAAUCAGAUGGCACUAAGAUCACCUUUGUGGAAUACUAUAAGAGGCAGUACAACGUCCAGGUCACUGUCUUAAACCAGCCACUUUUGAUCAGCAAGGGCAAAUGGAAAAAGAGCCAACAGGAUACGCCCCACGAGCCUAUAUUCCUGGUUCCUGAGCUCUGCCACCUGACAGGUCUAACAGAUACAAUGCGUAAAGACUACAGGGUGAUGAGAGACUUGGCUACUCAUAUGAGGUUGGAUCCAGAAAAAAGGCAGCUUAAAUUGAAAGAAUUCAUGGAUACUAUGCAACAAGACAAGAAUGUGCAAAAGGAGCUGCAACACUGGAAUUUCCAAUUUGAUACCCAAUUUUUGUCCUUCUCAGGAAGAAUUUUGAAAGAAGUGAGAAUUUUCCAAGGGAAAAGGGCGUUUGACUCCAAUCCACAAUUUGCAGAAUGGUCGAGAGAAACGAGAAGUGGACCCUUACUCAGUGUGAAGUCGCUGGAUAAUUGGCUGAUCCUCUAUACAAAGAGAAAUUAUGGAGCAGCCUUUUCCUUAAUGCAGAGUCUACGGAAAGUCACACCCACCAUGGGCAUAGCUAUGCGAGAUGCAAAAAUGAUUGAAGUAAGUGAUACAGUCAAAUCCUAUGUAACCGUCUUAGAAAAACAUGAUUCAUCAAAUACACAGAUGGUCGUUUGUGUGCUGUCCAGUGACAGGAAAGCAAUGUAUGAUGGCAUUAAAAAAUACCUGUGUGUCAACUGCCCAAUUCCAAGCCAGUGUGUGGUGGCGCAGACCUUAGACAAACCCCAGACGCUCAUGACCAUUGCUACAAAGAUUGCCCAGCAGAUGAACUGCAAGAUGGGAGGAGCCCUCUGGAAGGUGCAAACAGGACUGCAGAAUGCAAUGUUCAUUGGUAUUGAUUGUUUCCACGAUAUUGUGAAUCGACGGAAGUCAAUUGCGGGAUUUGUGGCAAGCAUCAACGAAGACUUAACGGAGUGGUUUUCUCAGUGUAUCUUCCAGGAAUCGGGGCAGGAGCUUGUGAAUGGGCUGAGGGCCUGCUUGCAAGAGGCCCUGAAGCUCUGGUAUGAACGUAAUUCAAUUCUGCCAUAUUCUAUUAUUGUGUAUCGGGAUGGAGUGGGAGAUGGUCAACUUCAAGCUUUGAUUGACUAUGAAAUACCACAGAUUGUGUCCUCCUUAGAGAGUAUUUUCAAUGCACAAAAUUUCAAACUAACUUUCAUUGUGGUGAAGAAACGAAUAAACACCAGGUUUUUUGUCCAGUCUCAAGGACGACUUCGAAAUCCACUUCCAGGAACGGUUGUGGAUGUAGUGUUGACCAGGAGGGAAUGGUAUGAUUUUUUUAUUAUAAGUCAGUCUGUGAAAGAUGGUACCGUCACUCCCACUCAUUACAAUGUCAUCCACGACACGGUUCGCUUGAGCCCAGAUACAGUGCAGUGUCUGACUUACAGACUAUGCCACAUGUAUUAUAAUUUACCAGGUGUCAUCCGAGUGCCUGCUCCAUGUCACUAUGCCCAUAAGCUGGCUUACCUCGUGGGCCAGAGUAUUCACCAAGUGCCACAUCAAUCCUUGUCAAACCGACUCUUUUACCUUUGA